UGAGCAAGAGCACUGGACGGAGAACGGAGAAUGGAAGGGGAGGGGUGGGUUCGAGAAAGAGAAGAGACUGGGUUGUGGCUGCGGCAAGAUAGAUGCGGAUGGUGCAGCGAGGAUGCGCAGCAAUCCGCAAGAGACCCGUCUAACCUUGUGAAGGGAGCGAGGGGGGGAGCAAACAAAACGUCGAAACAGAAACAAGGCGUGUUUUGCAUUUUCGCUUGAUUUUGUCACUCCCUCGUAUCAAAAAAUGGAUACACUCAGAGUGGGUCUCCGGAAUGAUGUGGAAACAUCAACAAUCAUUGAGUUUAAUGAAGAAAACUAAAGGAGUCCUUUUAAGAUGACACUCACCGAACCACUUGACUUAUUGGUAUCAAGUGCGCAUCGAGACAUAAAGGUUAUCCCCAUUUCUUCACUCUCCAAAUCCUUGCAACUCUCCAAAGAAUGUAAUUCUUUAAAUUGCAGCACACUGGAAGACAUUACGAGCAAGGUCAAGAAGCAACACUGCCGUACCUUUGAUUAUAACUCACUGGAGUACCCAAAUCAUCAUAAAUACUCAAUGUAUUCCCCAUACAAUAAGAAGACUGAUAGGCAUGGGGCUAAUCUAAAUAUUGUCUGGAAUGCCCUGGGCCACCAGCAGAGGUACCGCUUUUCUGCUCCGGACAUUUUCAAUUAUAGGUUAACAUCUCAACCAACGGAUACACAUAUGGACAGUGAGCCUGCUGCUCCUGAGCAUAAACGAAGGGCUCGGUCAAAAAGUGCACCCCGAAUCCAAACCAGUCUCACCCCUAUAUCAUUGGAGUCCUCAUCCUCAGGGAGGAAGGGAAGGGAGUCCCGACGGACAGUUGGAGAAUCUCACUGGAGACAUGAUAUAUCACCACGUAAGGAGUCCUCCUAUGCAGCAAAUAAAACACACUUACAUGAAAUACAUCCUGCUGGACUUCAUCCUCAAAUUAGUGAUAACAAUAGAUAUUAUUCACCCCGUUAUGUGGCUAAUACUUAUGAGGAGGCAUUGCUGGAUAAACCAGCAACCAGCCCUCAUGUCAGAUGUCGGGUAGACAUUAAACCAAAUGAUUCAGCAUUACAUCAUACUGGACAGAAACAGCCUACUCCUCAAAUGGACAUCCCCUGGCAGAGACACCACAAUUUCGGGAGUAGGAGCCUGACUGUCCCCCGCCAUUUCUCCUAUUCCAGAGCACCAACUCCUACUGAUUCAGUGGGUACAGAGAGUAGACAAGCUUCUCAAAAUUCCUGCAGUCUGCCAAAUAAGUACAAACACCAAAUGGAGGUCCCUUUUGAAAGGAUGUCUUCUUCUGGGUAUGAUAUGGAAAACAGAAGUCAUUCCAGUCCUAACAUGCCGAUCCAAAUAUUUUAUGAUGAUGAUCCUGGUAGAUAUGUUACCACUGCUCCUCCUCAGCCAAGUUCUUAUUUUCAUGAUCAACAUAACACAGGACAAACCUCCAAAGUGCAAUAUGUACAUGAACAAAGAGGUCGAAUGGUGCAUGCUAUGGGUACAAGGCCUUAUUACAGUGAAAUGGAGCCCUAUCCAUACACCUUACAGGCAGGGUAUCCAAAAUCCCAUACAGCAAAUGAGCCAGGGCCAUAUAUCAUACAACCACAACCAACUAGAAUAUUUUAUGGAGAUGACCCAAGGACUUAUCAAAUUCAGACUGCUCCUCCAAGGUUUUAUUAUUCACAUGACAUGCACGCCAUGCCACCACUGCACCAUGUCCCAGCAAGGGCCCAUUAUACAGACAGCCAAAAAAAUGUGAGAAUCAUUCAGGCACAGACAGAUGACUGGUGCAGUUCAUAUGCUUCUGGAUAUUCCUCUAAUCCGGUAACUUAUGUGUCCCAAGUCACUCCAACCAAAAUCCAACAAGAAGCUGUAUUAAUGCCUUGGUAUUCUAACCCUUCUGCAGAAACUCAAAGAAUUGGCACAGAUUCUAAAGCGUACUCCAGAUCAUUAGAUGAUAUCAUCACGUCACAUACAGGGAGGGAACAACCCCGUUCUGUUCAACGGCAUCAGAGCUAUAAUGAUCUAGAUCCAAGGAAACCUGUCGGAGCCUCAGUUGACAAACCACAGCCAGUGGUAGUCAAUCUCUCCACUUCACCAAGACGUUAUGCAGCUUUAUCAAUGUCUGAUAACUCCUUGAUUGACCAAAGUCCUCCACCGACAUUAAAGAACACAACUAGCAAACAGUGGUUAGUAACUCCUGAAAUUACAAUCACUGAUAAUGACUUUCGGACUGGGAAUCUUAGGAAGGCUGAAGGAAAGUCUGCCAGUUGGGAUAUUCUGGACUCUAGAGGCACUGAAGAUCAGCAAGAAAUUACAGCCUCAACCAAAGAAAAGCCACAUGACAACUCUCUUCAGCAAAGUCUUGAACAACUUGAUGAGCUGCUGGCUGAUCUUGUGACCGACUACAAACCGCACACUCGAAGGGCAAGUGAGGAUAUACUAGAUCAGCUAAAGAAACUAAUUGAUGAGGAAGAGGCAGUAUCUCUGUCAAGGAAGAACUCAGAGGCCGUUUCAGAAGAACCACCACCUCUUGACAAGCAGCCAACCUCAGUAAGAUUAAACCCUGAUUCAUUUCAAGAUAUGGAUGGAGCAAGUGAUGCAAUGAUGGGUGCAGAUGAGUGCUCCCCAGAUCAGAGCCCAGAUGAAGAUGAUACAAUGAUGUGUUCGAACAACAAAUGCCGGAGAACUGAAACUCUGUUCAAUGCUUGCCUUUACUUUAAAUCCUGCCACAGCUGCUACACAUAUUACUGCUCUCGCAACUGCCGAAGAGAAGACUGGGACAUUCAUAAAGAGAGUUGUGUUUAUGGUAGAAUUGGCAGCUCAUGUCGCCAUAUCAUCAAACAUUGUCGUGAGACUAUUGAAGUCCACAAAGCCUUCUCCCGUCUUGCCAAAGUUGGUUACCUUUCUCGAGGUAAAGGCGUACUCUUCCUUGGUUUCCCAAACACUGUGUCAUCCAGUAACUUUUUGCAGGCAGGCCUGGAUAGUCUACCUAUGUCACCGACGUACUUGUCCCUAAGAGAGCUUGAAAGUUUCAAAGACAACCUCGGUGAGUACUGUAAAGAGUUGCAAGAAGCUGGAAAUGAGUAUGACCCGAAUGAAUGUUUUAUCUUGAAUGUAUCCAUUGCUGUCGGUGAACAGCUGCCUGAUGGGCCUUCACCAAGGAACCAAGCUCCAGCAGUCAGAAAAUAUGCAAAAGUUGCUCUGGCUUCUUUUAGCCCUGACAGAAAGAUCCACAAAAAACAGGGUGAGAUGGAAACCCUGAUCCUAACUCCACCACCAGGAACAGCAGAUAUUGACAAAGAGGGAGAAGAAGGCAGGAAGGCCAGAGAAAUCUGUUUUAUCAAUAUACAACGAGAGUUAAGGAUCCGAGGAGUAUUCUUACGCCAUGAAUAUCCACAAGUUUAUCAGCAGCUCUGUGAGUUUGUGGAAAAUAACCUAAGAUUUACCCCCACCACGAUUUAUCCGAUUGAUAAGAGGACAGGUAAACAGUUUAUGUGCAUGAUUAUGGCUGCCUCUGAGCCAAGGACCUUGGACUGGGUAGGGACUCCACAUCUCCUUGAUGACAUCAUUUAAAAGCAAAAAUGUGUUUGGAGCACACAACCUAUACUGUACAUUUAUUUAUUUUGUUAUUAAUUGUGUCAUUAUAAUUUUUAACAGAAUAUUGUACUGUACAUUAUUUUUAACAUACAGAACAUAGUUUUUAUCCUUGUGAUUUAUCUGUAUAUUGGCUGCUUACUGUUACAUAUACAACAUACAGUACUUCCUUCACAAGGAAUGUCCCAAUAUUUGAUGAUGUAUUAUAGAAAAAAAAUAUUCAUUAUUAUGUUCUUGACUUCAAAGACAAUUCUAUGCAAAGCUGAUGUAUAUUAAUAAUUAUUAUAUCAUAUUAUCCAGCCAUUUUUUUAUACCGCUUGUCUUCAUUAGGGUCAGGGGUGAGCUAGAGCCUACCCCAGCCGAAAUUGGGCACACCCCGGACUGGUCACCAACCAAUCGGCGGACACAUAUAAGCACGCAACCAUUCACACCCAUACCUUUGGACAAAUGAGUCUUUAAUUAACCUACUAUCCAUGUUUUUGGAAUGUAGGAGGAAGCAUGGGAGACAUUUACCCAUAUAAAACCAAGGCGGCAUAAAAUAAUUGCUAAAUUAGUUAUUUUUUUUCUUUACCAUUAUUGACUUAAUGAUAUGAAAAUGACCUACAGUAUAUUACCGGUAUGUUACAUAAUUGAUAGUAGUAGUUUACUUGCCCAACUUUGAUGCAGGAAGCGUGGGUUUUAUUCACACUUAGUGACAAUGAGAAUGUGAAUAGUUAUCUAUGUCUCUUGGGAUGUGUGUUCCCUGUUGUUUGACUGGCCACCAGUCUAGGUUGUACUCAGCCUUUCACUCGAACUCAUUACAUUUAAUUAUAAGUUCCCUAUCUUGUUUAUUGCUUAUAGAAUGUUCUCCCGUGUUGUAAUAGUUUCGUUUUAUUGAAGCAAUACUGGACAUGGCAGCUACCUUAGCAAUUAAUAUUUACAGGCACGUGCACACACAACCACUGUGUGGUGUGCCCUGAACUUUUGCCUUGAACCAAAAAAAAAAGUACCCUUUUUGUUCCAGCCAAUUUUUGUCAAUCAAUAUUAAAAAUAAUAAUAAUAAUAAUUACCCUCGCUGUCAUCAAUUUUACUUUUAUUUAUUAGAUUUAUUUUUUUAAAUUUGAAGUACAUUGAGCCUUGCUCCCAGCCCCCUUCCAAAAAGCUGUCGUUUGAACAGGGGUGUGCUGACUUUUUAUAUCCACCGUAACCUCCCUUAACCUCCUUUGUUAAUAGUUGUAUUAUUGACUGUGUUAACGGAUAUAAAUACAAGUUAAAUACAUGUUUUUCAGAAUUGUAUAAAUAAUUUUGACGAUGAGUGUCCUUUUUUCGCCAGAGCACCUGCCCCCAAAAAUGUCUGUGCACGUGCCUUAAUAUUUAAAUUGAAAUUUUAACACUAAAAAUAACUUACUUCAAAUACAAGACUUGGUGUAAUAAUUGCCAUGUCCUCACACGGCAGUAUGAAAAAGUAGCAGGAAUAAUUGUCAUUAGAACAAAGUGACAGAGAUGUGUCAUAAUAUACUACUUAUGUAAUACGUUAAAUCUUCAGUGUUCAGUGCUUUUUUUUUUAGGCUGUGUUUUUACUGUGGCUGCUAUGUCUUUGAUUUUACAUUAUAAAAUCAUGAGAGUACUCCUUUGUUGCAUGAGUUUAUUAUUAAAUUAACGUAUUUUAAUGUUGCCACCUUAUUGUAUACACAAUACUCACAAAAAAAAUUAUUUCAGGAUGUCUCUAUAAUGCACUGUAAACUUUAUAAGUGAACCUAAUUUGAUUAUCUCUAAACCUUUGAAUGCCCUUGUUCAAUUGUUCAAUGGUUGAGUACUUUUUUGCCUUUCUUUAGAGCUGAAUGGAAAAAUUCAUAUCCAUGAUCAACUAAUAAUUUUCCCGAGUCAAUUUGAAUUGGUAAUUUAAACAGUCCUCUUCAUCAUGCUGCUCGCAGUUUCACAUCAUGGGACCAAGAUAUCUAACAAGUGACCAACAGUUCCUCGGCGUUGUAAAUGUUGCCGUUCGAAGCCCCUUAUUAGAGAACAGCAAGGUGUGAAAAAAGUACUACAACAAGGAACAAUUGGUCGCGCAUUCAAAAGUUUUGACAAGGCCAAUUUAACCUGUAAAGAUUAUAGUGCCUAAAUUUGAAUGUUUGUUCCAUGAAAUUGUAUUAUUUAUUCCCAAUAAUCUAUUCUAGUGUUUCACUUGCGUGCUUCCAGGACAUACAGUGCGGAAACGAGAUUAUUAUUAUAUUUUUUUUGUCCAAUCAGACUUCAGCCUCUAAUCUGCCCCAAGGCCUUCAUAAUCAUUAGUUUUGACCGAUGUAACUAUAUUUGCAAUGGGAGUGUUUCUUUAACUAAUCACAUUUCAAGUUUGCUUCGGAGGGCUAGCUAGCUGGCCCACAAUGACAUCAUCAUUUUUCUGUCCUCUGAUUAGUCAGUCAGAGCGGCCAAAUUUGACUAGAAAAACUCGUCUACAUCAAGACAUUUCACGUUAAGACAUUUCUCUAGUGAGUAUGACGGUUUUUUUUUUUUUUUUUUUUGUCAUGUCAUCAGAUAAAUAUGUAUUCUAAACUGCUCUACAUGACGUAUGUGGCACAGUUGCGUGCUAUAUUACAUAUAUAUAUUUUUUCUUUGAUGGUUCCUAUAUUUGCAACGUGAUCGUAGUGAUUAAGAGGUAAAUUAAGUUGGUCGGGUAAGUCCCCACUGAAGGCCCAGGUACUAAAUGCAUGGUCUACCACUGAUAUUCAUGCAAGACAUGCGCUCCCCAAAUCGAGGCGCCACAGAGACUCGCGACCACCUGAGAACCCCACUCCUCCACGCUGCCCUGCUGUAAGACGGCGACUAGGACAGUGCCUGGUCUACGUCAAGUGGACCUUAACCUAAUUAGCAGUUUCCCGUCAAAUCUUGAUUCCUGCCUUCAAAAGACUCCUUCCCAAAAGAUUGGAGGGACACUCACUUCAAGCAGACUAUGUGGCUAAUAUUCACCCAUGUGCGUGAGGCGCCACCCACUGGCGUUGAGCGGAACUGCAAGCCCCACCCACGCCUCUGUUGGUUAACGGAAGAUAAAAUGUCUGUUUUGCUAUCUUGCAAACUCUGUAGAAAUAUUCCAAAUGUAUGCCUUGGUGUCUGUCUCGCUA